UGGGGUUUUGACCAGGUAGAAAGAGGAGAGGCUGAGGGGGAGAAAGGAAGGAAAGUGGGUGGGCUUCUCUACUCCAUCCCUGACCUAGUUCUUGAAUCUUGAUUUUAGUGUCAUUUGGUCUGUAGCAGAGGGGGGGAGAGAGAGAAAGAGUCAGCAGCAAUCAGCAUCAGCGCUUACACCACUAAUACUACUCUUUAAGUGAAACAGUGAAGAGUCCCUUUGAAGGUUGGGACAACAAAAACUGCUCCCUUUUGUACUUUCUUGAAUCUUAAUUACCUUCAGUCUUCAGAGACCCUUGUUGGUAGAGUCCACAACACUCUCCAAGAACCAACCCAAUCUACAGAUAGAGACACAAUUGUAAUCUGCUAUGAUCCCUAUAUUUUUCCUUCAUCAUCAUUUUGGAGAUUGCCUCACAAUAUCAGUUGAGUGGUCAAAGCUUGCAUUUUGGUAAUCUUGUUAGGAGUGAAAUUCAGACUUGAACUUCCAGAAUCUGAUUUUUUGUAUUCAGUAUCCACUUGCCUUAGUGAGUCACAGAAGCUUUUGGGGAAAAGUAUCGAUUGUCAUUUUGAAUUGAAGAUUGGUUAGAUGAGUAGCGGCAGAUAGAAUUGUUGUCGUCACAGUCAGAAUGGGUGGGCUUUGCUCAAGAAGGUCCACUGACGACAGAGCAUUGGCUGGUGCGCUUCCACAUGUCAAUGGUCACUUUAGUUACGGCCCUGGAAUAGUUUAUCAGUCUCAUGGAUUGGACAUCCAAGAAAAUAAUGUUCCGACAGAUGUGGAAGUUGCAGAUAAGCAACUGACGGAACCGUUUUCAUUCCCAGAGUUGAAUUCUGUUGCUCAGGGGACAAAUUUGGAUGACAUUAAUGACGGUAUACCUCGUUUGUCUAGGGCUUUAUCAGAUAAAUCUAGGUCGACAAGAUCAAAGCAAGUUGCAAUUGCCAAGGUCUCUGAAGUGAGUUCACUUUUGGGCAGAGCAGGCACUGUUGGGCUUGGGAAAGCAGUUGAUGUGUUGGAUACCCUUGGUAGCAGCAUGACUAAUCUGAACCUUAGCAGUGGUUUUGCGUCAGGGAUAGCUACAAAAGGAAUCAAAAUAUCAAUUUUGGCUUUUGAAGUGGCAAAUACAAUUGUCAAAGGUGCCAAUCUUAUGCACUCCCUCUCAGAGGAGAAUAUUAGACAUUUAAAGGAAGUGGUACUCCCUUCGGAAGGUGUCCAACGCUUAAUAUCAAGGGAUAUGGAUGAACUCCUGAGCAUUGCUGCAUCUGACAAGAGGGAUGAACUCAAAGUCUUUUCUGGAGAAGUAAUUCGCUUUGGUAAUCGCUGUAAGGAUCCUCAGUGGCACAACUUGGACCGUUAUUUUGAGAAGUUGGAGUCGGAACUCACACCUCACAAACAAUUGAAAGAAGAAGCAGAAACUGAGAUGCAGCAGUUAAUGGUGUUGGUUCAGUACACUGCUGAACUAUAUCAUGAAAUGCAUGCACUGGACAGAUUUGAACAGGACUGUCGGCGCAAGGCUCAAGAAGGGGAUAACUCAAACACUUCGCAGGGAGGAGACAGCCUAGCGAUUCUGCGUGCAGAGCUGAAGAGUCAAAAGAAACAUGUUAAGAGUUUGAAAAAAAAGUCCCUGUGGUCUAAGAUCUUGGAGGAGGUGAUGGAGAAGCUUGUCGACAUUGUCCACUUUCUACAUUUGGAGAUCCAUUCCGCAUUUGGUAGCAGUGAUGGAAACAAGCCGGUAAAGUACCACCAUCAGAAGUUGGGCUCUGCUGGGCUUGCGCUGCAUUACGCGAAUCUCAUUACCCAGAUUGAUACACUUGUGACUAGAUCUAGUUCCGUGCCACAAAGUACAAGAGAUGCUCUGUACCAGGGACUGCCACCAAGCAUAAAGUCGGCACUGCGAACCAGAUUACAAUCUUUUCAUCUCAAGGAAGAGCUAACGGUCCCACAAAUCAAAGCAGAAAUGGAGAAAACUCUGCAGUGGCUGGUCCCCAUGGCCACCAAUACAACCAAGGCUCACCAUGGCUUUGGUUGGGUCGGAGAAUGGGCAAAUACCGGGUCCGAGAUGAACCGUAAACCUGCUGGCCAAACUGAUUUGCUCCGUGUCGAAACACUUCAUCACGCAGACAAGGAGAAAGCAGAAGCUUACAUUCUUGAUUUGGUGGUGUGGCUUCAUCAUCUUAUCAGCCAAUCAAGGGCUGCGAAUGGCGGACUUAGAUCUCCGGUAAAAUCCCCUAUUAGGUCCCCAAAUCAGAAGAUGCUCCAGUUGUCAAAUCAGAAGCCAAGCUCACCAUCAUCGGCGUUGACCAUCGAGGACCAGCAGAUGCUCCGAGACGUGAGUAAACGGAAACUGACCCCUGGCAUAAGCAAGAGUCAGGAAUUUGAUACAUCAAAAACGAGGCUAUGCAAGCACCACAGGCUGAGCAAGAGCAGCAGUCAUUCUCCAACAAGUGAAAAUAAGAGGGAUCCUUUCCCAAUCAGGAGGCCAUCUUCCGUCCCAAUCAUUAACUUUGAUAUCGACCGGAUCAAAGCAUUGGAUGUCAUAGACAGAGUCGACACAAUUUGAACAGCAAAAACGUAUGAUGGGUUCCUCCAUAUUUGGCAAAAGUGCGUCGAUUAUGCAUACGAGUACCUCUCUGCAAUGCAUUUCUAUGCGCGUAGCUGUUAGCAGUCUGUCUUGUCUGUGCUGUGAAAAGGCUUUGGUCUCCUCAUCUUCUCUAUCUGGAAUCAGAAAGUCGGGGUGGAGAGGUACAAUAUGAGUGAAGAUUUUAUCUGUGUAUACUGUUUUUCUCUGGGUGAAGUUAAGAAAAUGUGCAUGAGCGAAUACAGAGUAGUCGGCUGGGGGGAUUUCUGUUUGUCGCGGUAAAGAGUGCUCACUGGGCGCUAGUUUUCAUCAGUAUGUGUACAGAACAAUGUGUAUUUCUUUAUGUCUAUUAUUCAUCGGUCCGUUUAAUGAGAUGCA